ACCAAUUAAACAGCUAGCCCAAUUUAUAUAAAGAAGUCAAGUGAUUUCGAUAGUCAAAACGCACCUCCCCCCACUUGUUUAUGCAUGUACCCGACAAAGUGGCAGACUAAUCCUAGUUUAACGCUAACACAGUAAGAACACAGACUGAUUGAAAACCCAAUCUUCAAGCUUUUGAAGUAAACUAAAAGAAAGAUGGAGGCAAAUAGCAUUAAAAUAUAGUCCGCGCAGUAACUACUUUCAGUACUUGACGUUCUAACGGUCCACAAAAACACUGUAAAAAUGGCCGCGACACCCACGUUCUUUCAUCGUCACCAUCCUCACACUCCCAGCUCUGACUUAACUUCAGCAAAACCAACAACACCAUCACAAACACCAACCGCACCAUGCAAGCUCACCAUCAAACCAGUCCAUGCUCGCGCUGAUCCAAACCCAGGAAAACCAUGCAAACCCACCAAGCCCUUUCUGGGUUCUCUCGCUCUGCACCUCCUCUGCUUCUUCUCCUGCUCUUAUGCUCCACAACCGCAUCUGGGUUCGGAUCAAUGGGCCCCAUCUCUGCUUCUUUUGGCAAAGAUGGCUUUUUUUGUGCCAUAGACGCUAGUGGCAAGCAGGACGUGGUUUGCUGGGGAAAGAAUAGCUCUUCAUCGACUCCAUCUUCGGCUUCUUCCUCGGCUUCGGCCUUUCUCAGCAACAUUCCAGCGAUGGCUGCCCUCUCGGGCGGUGAAGGCUUUCUUUGUGGCAUUUUAGCGAACAUGUCGCUGGCAUAUUGUUGGAGCUCCAUUGCCCCAGGUAUAGAUCUCGUACCUCCCAUAUUCAAGACCACUGCUUAUUCUCAUAUUGCUGCUGGGAAGAACCAUGUAUGUGCCAUUAGAGGGACAUAUUACUCUGAUCAUGAGUUUGGUACAGUGGAUUGUUGGGAAAUUUUUGAAACUUGGAACAAAAGUUUGAGUUCCAAACAGAGUACUCUGUUUUCUGACCAGUCUAUUAGCAAUCUUGUGUUCAAAAAGGUUGUUUCUGGUGAAGGAUUUAGUUGUGGUGGGGUUAGAGAUGGAGGACUUAUUUGCUGGGGACCCAAUUCUUCUAAUCUAGGGGUUUCAGGUCCAGUAGAUAAUUUCACAGCUUUAGCUUCAGGGAGGGCCUCACUUUGUGGGAUUUCAGAUUUUGGUGAGUUGAAAUGUUGGGGUGAUACUGAUUUGUUAGCUGGUCAUCCAAAUGAAACCCAGUAUGUGUCUCUGGCAGCUGGUGAGCACCAUUUUUGUGGGAUUCGAGAAGACAAUCACGGAAUUGAGUGUUGGGGGAUCUUUAACUCUUCUUUGAUUCCGAAGGCUUCCGGAUUCGUGGCGAUUACUUCAUCGGAUUUUACUACAUGUGGGAUCAGGGAAGAUGAUUUGGUGAUUGAUUGCUGGGCUGCUAAUGCCUCUUCCUCACCACCCGAGUAUGAUCCUCCUUUGGAAUUGUGCAGUCCAGGUCUUUGCACUCCUGGUUCUUGUGGGGAAGGGAAGUUUGCUUUCAAUGCCAGCAUUCUUAAUGAGGCUGAUUUGACAAGCCUGUGUGUUAGGAAAGAUCUAACCAUUUGUUCACCUUGUGGGUCAAAUUGUUCCGAAGGAUUCUUCUUGUCUAGUUCAUGUACUGAACAUACUGACAGAGUGUGCACAGCUUGCUCUCUUUGCCAAAACAGCUCUUGUUGGGAUAUUUGUGGGCUUCAAAGACCUCCAGAAAUGAGGAAGAAGCUUUGGUAUCAUGUGCGUAAGUUGGUGAUCAUAUUUGGGUCUUCUGCUUUGGGUUUUUUGUUGAUAUUAGUUAGUUGGUGUCUUCUGCCCCGAUUAACAACUUCUCGAGAAGAAGGGAACAAAAAGCAGUUUAAAUCUUGCAUUGGGAAAGCAGAGUUGGAAGCUGACAAUAAUGAGGAUCCACACCCUCUUCCAUCUGUAGUUUCCUGUCCUGGAAUGGCUCAAGUUUUCCGACUCUCAGAACUAAAAGAUGCCACCAACGGAUUCAAAGAGUUCAAUGAGCUUGGCAGGGGAAGCUAUGGCUUUGUUUACAAAGCUGUGCUUGCAGAUGGACAGCAAGUUGCAGUCAAGAGAGCAAAUGCUGCCACUAUAAUUCACACGAACAGUCGGGACUUUGAAAUGGAAUUAGAGGUCCUUUGCAAAAUCCGCCACUGUAAUAUUGUAAACUUAUUGGGUUACUGCUCAGAGAUGGGGGAGAGGCUGCUUGUAUAUGAGUAUAUGCCCCAUGGGACACUUCAUGACCAUCUCCAUGGUGGCCUUUCUGCCCUGAACUGGGUCCUUAGGUUGAAAAUUUCAAUGCAGGCUGCUAAGGGGCUUGAGUACCUUCACAAGGAAUUUGUGCCUCCCAUCGUUCAUCGGGAUGUCAAGACUUCAAACAUUCUUUUGGACUCUGAAUGGAAUGCACGAAUCGCAGAUUUUGGGCUCCUUACAUCUAAUGACAAGGAUCAUAAAGGAGAUUUAGAAAGUGAUGUCUACAACUUUGGAAUAGUAUUGCUUGAGAUUCUCAGCGGAAGGAAAGCAUUCGACAGAGAUUACACUCCUCCUAGCAUAGUCGAGUGGGCAGUACCUUUAAUUAAACAGAACAAGGCAGCUGCCACAAUUGAUCGUUAUGUAGCUCUUCCAAGAAAUGUUGAGCCAUUGCUUAAGCUUGCUGAUAUAGCAGGACUGGCUGUAAAGGAAAAUCCUACCGAGCGUCCUGCAAUGUCGGAUAUUGCAUCUUGGUUGGAGCACAUUGUGAAAGAUGGUUUGACCUUCUAAUUUCUGAACCAGGUCGCCGGAUAUUCAUCAAAGAUGAAUUGAACAAUUUGUGUUACAACUGUUCCCGCACAUGAACACAGAGACCACACACAUUACUAAUUAAA